AUGGAAAAUCAAAAGAAUGUGACACAAUUUGUUCUGCUUGGCCUUAUAGAGAACAUGGGGCUGCGGAAAAUAUUUUCUUCUGUGUUUCUGAUCAUGUAUGUGGCUACAGUGUUGGGGAAUGUACUCAUCGUGGUAACAAUCACCUCAAAUCAGAGCCUCAGGUCACCAAUGUAUUUCUUUCUUACUUUCUUAGCCCUCAUGGAUGUCACCUACUCUUCUGUCAUUGCCCCCAAGAUGAUCGUGGAUUCCUUGUCUGAGAGCACGACCAUCUCCCUUGCAGGUUGCAUGACCCAGCUCUUCGCAGAGCACUUCUUUGGUGGUGUGGCGAUCAUCCUUCUCAUCGUGAUGGCCUAUGACCGCUACGUGGCCAUAUGUAAGCCCCUACACUACACCACCACCAUGAGUCCUCGAGUGUGCCGCCUGCUUGUGGGGGGAGCCUGGCUGGGGGGCUUUUCCCAUGCAAUGGUACAGCUUCUCUUCAUGUACCAGAUACCCUUCUGUGGUCCCAAUAUCAUAGAUCACUUUAUAUGUGACUUGUUUCAGUUACUGACACUUGCUUGCACGGACACUCACAUCCUGGGGCUGCUAGUUAUUCUCAACAGUGGAGUGAUGUGCACAGCCAUUUUCCUUACCCUCGUUGCCUCCUACGUAGUCAUUUUCUGCUCCCUGAAGUCUUGCAGCUCUGAAGGGAGGCGCAAAGCCCUCUCUACCUGUUGUUCCCACCUGACAGUGGUUGUGUUGUUUUUUGUUCCCUGUAUUUUCUUAUACAUGAGACCUGUGGCUACUUAUCCCAUAGAUAAGGCAAUGGCUGUGUCUGAUUCGAUCAUCACUCCCAUGUUAAAUCCCUUAAUCUACACCUUAAGAAACUCAGAGGUGAAAAAUGCCAUGAAGAAACUUUGGAAGAAGCAGAAGAUGCUGAUUGAUAAGUGA